AAAGGAUCAAGGACUCGCGUCAUUAUUUGACUAGCACUAGACGGGAAAAGAAGAAUGGAGUCGAAAUCUUUGCGUUCGUACUUCGACACAAGUUUGAAGUGUUACCACUUGUACGGUCUGACUACAAACAGCUCACGUAUUCGGAGAUUUUUCACGACUUACGUUCUCUACCCCCUCAUGCUUAGCCUAUAUGCCAUGGUUUUGUACAAUCUGCGCUUCAAACACCACCACAUUUUUGAAUUUGCUGAAGUUUCAGUUUCAGCAACGACUUUCGGAAAUAUCUUGAUCAGGAAAAGUCUGGUGGUUUUCAGUGGCUCUUUGAACGAAAAUGUAAUCGAUAAACAUGACCAGUUUUGGAAAUACGAUUCUUUUAGUAAAACCAUCGCAGCUAGGUGUUACCGAAGCAUGGAUCUUUGCCAAAUGCUGAUAAACUUUAUCAUGAUUGGCACCACCAUCUCGAUCGUGGUUCACUGCAGCUUGCCGCUGUUUUUAAAAGAUUUGUUGCUACCACAGUCUAGCUGGAUUCCUGGAAACAGUUCCAUUGCCAGAAUUGUUCUCUACAUCAUGGAAAUUAUUGUCUACAUCGAGUGCCUUAUUCUUAUGGAAAUGUUUGAUGGCCUGUACUUGCUAAUGACCGUCAAUCUGAAAGUACAAUUUAUGCUUUUGCGUAAAGCCAUUGAAUCGAUCAAUGUUGAGAAAGAAGACGAUGAAAAGUGUUGGCAAAAAAUGAAAGAUUAUUGCAAAUAUCACAAAUUUUUGUUGAGCAUGCACAAAACCAUUAACAAAAUGUACUCCCAAUUCUUUCUUUACCAAUACUUGCUCACGAUUUGGGGGACUUGUACAACGUUGUUUGUGAUCUACAACAAAUCGUCGACUCUUGCCCAAAUCACUGAAAGUGUAUUUAUCGGGUCCAUAAUCAACACUUUGCUCAUUAUCAUCUUUAUCCCAGCCAGCGAAAUAGAAAUCGAAGCCGAAAAAGUCGCGUUUGCAAUUUAUGGAAUAGACUGGUACAACAGCAAAAGUUUGCGGAUUCAAAAGUUUGUGCUGUUUUGGUUAAUGCAUGCCCAGAUUCCUGUACAAAUGUCAGGGGCUGGAAUGUUAAAUAUAACUAGGUCUCAAAUGCUCCAAAUCCAACGUAUUGGAUACUCAUUGUCAACAUUACUGUCUAAGCUCUCGUAAUUUGUCUCAGCAAUUCGUAAAUUUGAAGUUAAUGUUAAUGUUAGUGAAUGUUGUAGCUUGUAGAUAGCACUAUUUUAGCUGUAGAAUAAACUAGUAUGGCACUUUAUUUCAUCAUUAAA